AUGCCACCGAAGCGGAGGGCGGUCGAAACCGAAACAUCCAAUCAUCUGAACGGCAUCCCGUUCGGUCAGGCUGAGGCACCACCUUCCGCAGUUCAACCUGCCCCCGUCAAACGCCAGAGAGUGUCGAGAGCUUGCGACCAGUGCCGCGCGGCACGCGAGAGAUGCGAUGGCAAACAGCCCGAAUGCCAUCCUUGCAUAUCCCAGAGCCGACCAUGCACCUAUGAGGUGAGCCCCAAGAAGAGGGGGGUCCAAACUGGUUAUAUUCGAACGCUUGAACUUGCACUUGGCUGGGUUUUCGAGAAGGUACCCGGCAGCGAGGAGGCUCUCGGCGCCCUCUUCGCCCACGAGGGUGGCCACGGGGCCCCGUUUCUAGCAGGACAGGACCCCGGCGGGGCCGACCGUCUGCAAAAGAGGUGGAGGAACAGCCGGGUCCACAGACGGAUAGACCGCAUCUUAUCAGGUGAAGCAUCGGCGCCUUCGCCGGAACAUCACGCACUUUCUCCCUCAGCGGACGCAAGUGACAACGAAGGCAAUCAAGCUCCAGCACGAGCCGAGCCAGAUUCCGCUGUGCUAGACGUUGCUUCUGCUAUCCAGGAGACGUCAAAUUUCCGACGGAGAAACCUCGAACACUGCCCUCCGAGUGCGGAAGAGCGGAAACAAGUACCAUCGGAUGGCAUGCGUACAUCCCCCCAAGCGUCAUCAGGGCGCAUCAAGCUCCCCGCCAAUCACUGGCGCUUGCUUGAUAUAUAUUUAUCCUACACGCAUUCCUGGUUACCUAUUCUCGAAAAGCAAGAUCUAUUCCAGGCUUCAUACGCUUAUCCGGACGAAGGGCUCUCAAUCGACCGAAGCGAUUCUUUUUCUGCAGUCCAUGCUGUUUUCUGGGCCGCGUUGGCUCUGGCAUCCUUUCAGGAUAUUGGGAGCUCGAAGUCUACAUCGUCAGAUCACUCAAACCCGUCUAAGCUCUCCCCAGGCGAGAUCUAUGAUACUGCUCGAGGUCUCCUCCCCUCAGAAGAUGGGCCGUUUCAAAUCCACCAUGCACAGGCCUUCUUGAUACUUAGUCUUGUCAAUCUGGGGCAGGGCAAGUUGGCCAGUGCCGGACUCUUCGUUGGUUCCGCAACUCGGAUUCUUCUCGAUUCCGACUUGAUUCGGCAUGCCACCCAUGAUCAAGGCGACCCGAGAGUCAGGUUGGCCUUAAUGUCUUGCUUUAUGAUCGACACAAUUCUUUCCGUCCGAUACAGCAGACCGCCCCAUCUGAGGCCGCAAGACCUCGCGGCCGUGCAGCUAGUGUCUGAAAAUGGGCAUGACCAAUGGGAGCCAUGGACGCCUUGUGAUGGUUUUGGGCUUGGGAAUACUGGUUAUUGUUCAUCGCGCAGUCCUGCAUUCCGCCUCAGCACCUUCAACCAACUCUACACUAUAAUCAAGGUUCUUGCAGAGGAAUUGUCGACGAGGACGCAGCGGUCGGUAUCCAGGGGCUCAUCGAGCGCCUUUGUCACUCAGCUGCAACAUGUGAUAGACCCCAACCUACCUUUUAACAACUUUAUUCUCUCCCCGGCCUGUGGUUCAAUAUCUGUGCCCACGCCAUAUUUGGUUCGAGCGACAUACCUUUGGGCCAGCGCAAUCGUCGAGCCCCAACGCGCAGGGACUCUUCUGCCCUUGCUUCAAGACACAUUGGUGCAGUAUCAGCGGCUAUUCGGACGAUCAACCACGCCUCCAUUUCUUCACACGUGUGUUGCAUCGUUGGAGAACGGCGACUACGUCUCCCACUGUGAUGAGCGGAGCCAAGAAUUGCUGCGACGUCUGCUGUCAACCUUUUCCUGCACACCUUUUGGGGGAGGGCGAUCCUCCACCGUUCGCGACUCACAUUCAAAUCUCCUUUCUCAGGAGACGCAAGAUACACUGUCCCAGGGUUUAUCUCAGUCUUCCGCGUCGGGGAACACCUUGUUGAUUCACCCCACCGCCAUGAUGCCGCCCCUCUACGGCAACCCGACAGGACCACAGCAACUACCAUCACACCUCACCAACAAAAGUUACAACUCUUUAUCAGGCCAAAACUUUCCAGAGAUUUACCAACUUCAGUCUCAUGGCCAACCCUUAACCAUACCCCAGGGUAGCGACACGCUUACCCGUCGCUCUGGGAGCGAUGUUGCUGCUAUGUCUGGGUUGUCGACAGCAACGGCCCCAUCACACGGCGACAUGCCCUCAUCCUACCAUCUGUUUCCUCAUACUAGGCUUGGACCGAGCCCUGACGUCGAUGCCCUCCUCGAUGAUCUCUCAUCGAUCGAAUACACCGAUACGGCGGAUGCGGAUCCCCAAUUUAUGGCCAACCUCGGGUUCGCCCCAGGGUGCGAUAUCACUGAGAUUUUGACACGCGGGUUUGGGGGCGCAUGA